AUGCAGCUCAACGCAACGGAAGCUCCACCUGCCAGGGGAGUGUGGAGCCUGCUGUCGUCAGCACCGCUGGUCUGCUACGUCAUCCUGGUGCUGGUGGGCAUUCUGGGAAAUACGGUGGUCAUCUGCGUGGUGGGGGAUGACAUCAUACGCAAGCAGAAAGUGAGGCGCAACUCAGACAUGAUCCUGGUCAACAUGGCCUUCUCCAACCUGACCGUCUCCAUAGUGAGGAACCUAUUACUGGUCUUGACAGACAUGCAGAUCGAGAUGUUGACCUCCAAGACUUGGUGUCAGGUUCUGAUGGGUAUUUGGGUUUGGUUGCGCUGUGCCAACGUCUGGUCAACGUUCUUCGUCAGCGCUUUUCAUUUUCAGACCCUGAGGCGGACCGCCCCUCCCACGGCCGGCGUGAGAGGACCUCCUCGAUCUCUGAUAAUGGGGUUCGGGUUGAUCUGGACACUUAAUUUCAUCUACUCAGUCCCUGCGUUUGUGUUCUCGACUAAAGGAGGCAAGAAUGCGACUGAGACGUUAAUGUUGGUGAGCAGUACCACACGUCCGUUACUGGGCUGCCUGUGGGAUUUUCCCUCCGUCUACAGCGGUCUGGCCUUUGCUACAGCCUCCAUGGUGAUCCACGAGAUCAUCCCCAUCGUGCUCAUGAGCGUCACCAACCUGGGUUCACUACUCACACUGUACGCACACGGCAGCAAACUUCACGCCACAAAUAAGAGUCAGCAAGACCCCACCAUGAACCGAGUUCCUGCAGAGAGACGAGCUGCCAAGGUGAUCCUUGCUCUCAUCAUCUUGUUCAUCACCUCAUGGGGAGCGAGCGUCGUCUCAGUGAACUACUUUAACUAUAACCGCGGUCCAUCAUCUGCCUACAUGCUGACUGUAGCACGCUUCUCUAACAGCGCCUUUAUUGCUCUGUCCCCUUUUAUACUGGCUGUGGGACACCGGAGACUUCGAGCUGUUUUAACGUCUGUCCUCACAUGCAACUGCACCAGGAGCGUUAAAGCAUAA